AAACAGAACUUUUUUUUUUCAUCAUCAUCUUCUUCUUCUUCUUCAACUUCAACUUCAACCAUCUCUAUAAUAACACCAUAUAAUACCAUUACCUUCUCUUGCAUGUUAUGUUAUUAUUCUCUUCUCUUCUCUUCAUUCUUGUUUCUUUGUUCCAAAGCUCAAAACUUUGUUUCUCUACUACAACUAAACCCCAAACCUAAAACCAAAGGAAAGAAAAGAUCUUUGUUUGUUAUUGAUAUUACUACAAACAAAGUGGUCUUUUUUACUGUCUUUGAAACAACAACUUAUUAUAUGUUAACUAUAGCAAUGAGUAGUAGUCAUAGUACUAUUACUAGUGCUGAGUUUCAACUGAGUUCAGAGACUGAGAGCAGCUCCAACUCGUUCUCUUCUAGCUCACCUCCACCGUCGCCGUCUUCUCCCGGGUCAACUCACCAGACCCACUUGGGGGUUGGUCCUAAGAAGAUGGUUAAGCGAGUCCGUGACUCGAGCAAACACCCGGUUUAUAGAGGGGUCCGAAUGAGGAACUGGGGCAAAUGGGUAUCCGAAAUCCGAGAGCCGAGGAAGAAGUCCCGCAUUUGGCUGGGAACCUUUCCCACCCCGGAAAUGGCUGCCAGAGCUCACGACGUCGCCGCCCUUAGCAUCAAGGGAAACUCGGCCAUUCUCAACUUCCCAGAACUCGCUCACUCCCUCCCUCGCCCGGCUUCGCUCUCGCCGCGUGAUGUUCAAGCCGCCGCCGCCAAAGCUGCCCAAAUGCACAACUUCGACGACCACGCGCCGUCUUCCACCGCCGCCGCCGCCACAUCAGCAACCACCGCCACUACAUUGCUGUCCUCCUCCUCUACCUCCUCGCUCUCCUCGCUCGUGUCGGGGAUGGAGAUCUCCGGCGUCGAGUACCAGUCCGACGAGCUCAGCGAGAUUGUCGAGUUGCCCCGACUCGGAACGAGUUACGACUCGGCCGAGUCGGGGAACGAGUUCGUGUUCGUUGACUCGGAGGAGGGUUGGGUUUACCCACCGCCGUGGCUACAGAACAUGGAGAAUUUCGGGUACUUGCAAAGGCCGGAAAAUGAUUACUUCGGCGACGGCGCCACCGUGCCGGAAAACAGUUAUGUGAUUUCAAACAGCUUUGAGGAUUUGUUAUGGAAUUAGUAAUUAGUCACUUCGUCUUGAUCAUCACUACUAAUUUAAAAAAAAAAAAAGGUUUGUAGAUGUGAGUGAAUGAGUGAACUUUUUUUUGUUCUUUGUGUUUAAGCCUUUUACAUUUUUCUUUGAAGGCUUAAACUUUUUUUUUUUUCUUUUUCUUUUUCUUUUUCUUCCUCUCUCUUCCUUUUGGGUAAUGUUCUCUAACUGUACAGUGUAAAUUAUAAUGGAAAGAGAAAAUUUACCCAAAUAAAGAUCAAAAUCCUUUCCUUUAA